UGUGACAGCACAGCAGUGGGUUUAGCCUGCUGAACGGCACAUGGGCAAAACCUGCCCUGGCACUGGGAGAGGAAGAAGAUUGAGCGGUACCUUCCAGUCAGCAUGGGUGCCAUUAUACAAGCAGCGCUCGCCUUCGAGCUCAUCAUGAUGCAUUCCUCGAAAAUCGUUCACGUGGAGCAGUGAGAUUUGGGGCUGGAAUUAAAAGGCAUCGAUGCUUCCAGUGUCCAUACAAUACGGAUGAGAUGGGAAAAUUGAAGAAACACCAGAGAACACACACGAAAGAGAAGCCCUUCAAGUGCAUGGUGUGUGAGGCGACAUUUACACAGGCAGGAUCUCUUAACAUUCAUCAGAGAAGACACACAGGUGAGAAGCCCUUCAAGUGCACUGUGUGUGGGAAGGCAUUUUUACUUAAUCGAGAUUGUCAAAUUCACGAGAGAAGACACUCAGGCGAGAGGCCAUUCAAGUGCACUGUGUGUGAGAAGACAUUUUCAUGGUUACAAUGUCUUCGUGUUCAUGAGGAAAUGCACGUAAGCAAGAAGCCAUUCAAGUGCACUGUGUGUGGCAAGUCAUUUGGGCUUCUACGAUGUCUUACACAUCAUGAGAAAAUACACUCCGGCAAUAAGCCCUUCAAGUGCACUGUGUGUGAGAAAGCAUUUGGAGAUGCAGCACAUCUUAAAAGACACCUUAUAAUGCACUCUGACGAAAAGCCCUUCAAGUGCACUGUGUGUGGGAAGCCAUUUGCACGGCCUGAAGGCCGAAGGAGGCAUGAAAAGAUCCACAAUAAGUCGAAGGUGAAAUCGAGACGUGGACGUAAAAAAAGAGCCGAAUUGAGCCCAUCUCGCAUGGAACAAGGACCAGAAGACAACCCAAUCGUCGCAACGUCGCUAGCAGUGAAGGUGAAACAUAAAGAACUGAAGGUGAAACAUAAAGAACUGAAGGUGAAACAUAAGGAAGUGAAGGUGAAACAUAAGGAAGUGAAGGUGAAACAUAAGGAAGUGAAGGUGAAACAUAAGGAAGUGAAGGUGAAACAUAAGGAAGUGAAGGUGAAACAUAAGGAAGUGAAGGUGAAACAUAAGGAAGUGAAGGUGAAACAUAAAGAAGUGAAGGUGAAAUGUAAAGAGGUGAAGGUGGAAUGUGGAGUGAAGGUGGAAUGUGGAGUGAAGGUGGAAUGUGGAGUGAAGGUGAAAUGUGAAGAGGUGAAGGUGAAAUGUGAAGAGGUGAAGGUGAAAUGUGAAGAGGUGAAGGUGGAAUGUGAAGAGGUGAAGGUGAAAUGUGAAGAGGUGAAGAUGGAAUGUGAAGAGGUGAAGAUGGAAUGUGAAGAGGUGAAGGUGGAAUGUGAAGAGGUGAAGGUGGAAUGUGAAGAGGUGAAGGUAGAAUAUAAAGAAGUGAAGGUCAAAUGUGAAGAUGAAGGUUCAACUCCAGGACCUGACCUCCAGGUGGAUGAAGUCCGCGUGAAGCAGGAGAAGGAUUCAGACUCUGAGGAAGAACGAGGCCACCACAGGGAAUUUGUGGAUGUGGAGGUGUGGGUGGAUUUUGGGGGAGUGGUGUAACAACGGCCGAGUUUGAUUCCCGCUCACGGCUAACACCGGUGACGAUUAUUUGAACCGGUCCUGGGCCUCCCCUAGGUCAACUCGGUCACAAAUGAGUACCUGGUACAAUGUGUAAACAUCGCCACUGGGAAGACAAAGGUAGUUGGGCACGAUGCUGGUCACCCAUCUGUCACGUUACCUAUCCACGGAGGGCUGAUGGUUGGGGUGUAUUGCCGUCGAGCUGGUGUUAGACCACUCAGAGACUUGGCUGUUAGGGAUGUGUAUAUAUAUAGGCCUUUUUCCAAAAUUCAUAUCAAGAAUAAUUCGGCCAAUAUAUAUUUUUAAUAAAUAAUUUAACCCCGCUACCCCUAACAAGCACCCAGCAUUUGGAGGUCGUAAAAUGCCAUUAAAUAAUAAACUCAGGGCAGAGGAAGGUUAGCGACUAUCUGGAAAUUUCCAGAUUGACAAAGGGCAUAUGACCCCGACCUUCCCAAACGUUUUGGACAGUUCAUAAACAAAUAUGCAGAGCCAGGAAAAAAACACAGAGCAGAGACAAACAAACAACAUUACAACUCGCAUCUUCUUUAACGAUAAAAAUUUGAAACUCGGCAAAAAGAACAAAUCCACGUUAUAGGCUGGCAGUCUAUCAGUGGUUUUAUCAUUGUUACUUAUUUUAUUUCACCCUUAUUCAACUCAUAUUAUUUUGUAUGGUAUCUUUCUAUCUAUGUAACUUCACCAAAUGAACCAAAUACACGAGCCCCUGCCAUCACGAAAACUUAAGUCCAAACUAAUGCUAUUCUUCCAGCAUCAAAAUAUAACUCAAAAUAAAACACCAAUCCAUGGAGACAGACUUAUAACCAAGCUUGGCAGAACCCUCAAAAUAAUGACGUAAUGAAGAGCAUUACGAAUAUUGAUUAAACAUGAACCGAAUAAUCACGAUAUAUUAAAACCGGGUGUAACUCAUAAGAGAUACAAGGAAUAAAUCCAACACAAUACCACAUAAUAUGUAUUCCAUGGAACCAAAGCCUCCCUGGCCACCUUUGUCUUCCAACAAUUCGACAAACACAUGUCAGCCAUAAAUAAGUAUGAAGGGUGUCUGGCCUCGAGAUAACACUAAGAAGGGGGGGAAACGCAAACAAGCAUAAACUUGACGGAAAACCGCUCUCUCGGGGUCACCAAAGGAAGAGGGGGGGGGGCAAUCGGGCGUGGGCACGGGGGAAGAGCAGAACAGAGUAAGCAUGUGUUUUUUUUUCCUCGCAAGAGACGCAGGGAAGGGAGAGAAUUCAGAUGUAAAGAGAGACACAGCCAUACAUCAAAACACCACCAACACAGAAGAAGCUUGCCAGCAGAAGAAGAAUCCAGCAGACGAAGACUCUGCAAUCAACCAGGAUGGCGAGGCCCGCUGAGUAGCGAUGUGCUACCAGUGCGACUUCGGCGCUGAUCGAGACCGAAGAGGUAUCGCUCGAAAGCCACUCUGCCCUGAGUGCCCACUCCACCGAGCCGCUGCAGUGCGAGUGGAGCUGACGAGAAUUUCAGCAAUCAUCCUCGAGAAAGGGCGGAAAGCGCCAAACAUCGACCAAGCCAGCAUCACAGAGAACCAGCUUCAUCAGACAUUUGUGCCUGCCACCAGCGAACGAGAGCAUUGUUCAUCGUCAGAGACCCCGUAGCCAGAGAGGGCGCACAGCCGUGCCGCCAGUGCCACCGAGCACAGGUGUCCGCUUGCCAGCGGACGAGCCACACGAGCGACCUAGCAUCUUCAAGGACGAGCAUCGUGCCGACGCAGCUCAUCUAGCAGCAGAAAGAGAGAGCCGGCGGUUAACUGCAGACACGCCCGUGCGAGAGAGCAAAAGGGAGCCACAAGCUGUUUGUAUGCCCCUCCCCCACCCUCACAAGCUCACGACACAGCACCCGGCAGAGGUCGCAAACGGGUUUUGAUUCCUUACCCGUACCCGGCCACACCAGGGUCGCAAAUGGGUACCUGUACCCGGCCAGGUACGGGUUCCCGUUCCCUACGCGUACCCGUACCCUACCCGAAAUGAGUGACAAACGGUUACUCACCAGUGACUCACGGCCUACCCGUACCCAGCCGCACCAGGGUCGCAAACGGCUACCCGUACCCGGCCGGGUAUCGGGUAGGGUACGGGUAUCGGGUACCCGGUUGCGACCUCUGGCGCCCGGCCUCUGCUUAAAACAAAGAAUUUAUCAAGGGGACAAUACACACACACAUGAACCAUUAACUGGUCGUGAAGGCAUCGAUGCUCAUCGAGUGAUAUGAACACGGUCGUUAUAAGUACAUUAGUCGUUAUAUUAUAUAUUUUUUAAUCGCAUAAAAUUACCAAUAGAUUCAUCGAUGCAAACUAAACUUUUGAAACCUUCGUUAAGAAUCUACACGCUCACAGGGAGAAUAUUGUGUUAAAACUUUCUUUUGAACACUGAAUCUUGCCCACUAAUUAAUUGAAGCUUAGUCAAGAGGUAAGCAUAUCGCGUAAGCAGGACACACCGUCGCACACCAUUGUCUCAAGACGUUUCGUUAAUUAUAUAAUCUUGCCGAUGAAUCUAUUGACGUAUACUUUUGCCUUCGUGAUAUAAUAAUUCGCUUUUUAUUGCCUUUUGUAUGAAUAUCGUCGCAUGCAUGUUUUAAGGACUUUCCCUAUCGCUGUAUUUGCUCACGUUACUCGGUGGAAUUAAUCAAUUUUUCGGUUGCCCAGUUAACACAAUCAUUGAUGGUUACAUGUACUGAUCAGUGAGAGGUGAUUCCCCGGUGGUACCGUGGAUAAUUCCAAGCAUGAGAGUUCGCAUAUUAGAGUCAUGUUUUUGUUUAGAAUUAAAAUUGCUUAAAGAGUCUUGAGUGCUUCCUUCCUGAGUUCAUGCGUAAUAAUCUUAUUUUUAAGAACUGUAUCCUGUGUUGAGAUUUGAAUUCAAGACCUGACAUAAACACUCAGACAUAAUCAGUAAAUGUUUAAGCAAGAAUAAUUGCAUUUUCCCGAUUGAUAACACGACCCUAGACAACGAAGCUAAGCAUAAUUUUCAUAACUGCCCACAUUAGCAUAAUCACAUACAUUGGCAUAAAGUAAGAGGAUUAUCUCCACAAUUAGGAUAAUAAAUGUGCAUAAAUACAUAAAUUAGCAUAAUUUCGUUAUAAUUCUUAGUAGUGCAAUCUUCCUUUUCUUUGUCUAAAAUUUUCUAGACCCGACAUACAACAUAUGUUAGCUUUUAUUUACACCUUCCACCCCCAAGCAGAGGAGUUAUAUCCUGGUAGCAGGCUACCACAAAGCAAAUCAAAUGAAUAAGAAUAAAUCUUGACUUAAAGCUUUAGUGACUGCAGGAAUUCAUAUUCUUGGGUCUUUUGGUAAAGUCACGUAGAUAGGUUCAAAGAAAAUAAUCAAAAA